UGUGUGCACGCCGCUUUGCAGGGUUUGGUGGGAAAGCUCCGAUACCGAAAGGUACGGACAGACGGUUUUCCGCGUGUUUUGGUGAGAGGAGGACACCCAAACUGGCGUUCCGUUGUUGUUGUAGCUGCUGUUUGUUGUCGGUGGUGGCUGUUUGUUGGUCGCAAUCGUUUCUAUAGCGGAGCAAACAGUGCCGCUCCAGUCGUCGAAACGGGGAACGAUUAGAGCCCGUUCGUAGCCCGUGUUUUGUGGGUGCUGCCGUGUGCUGGCCGUGUUUUUUUUUUUGCGACGGGCUUUUUAUUCCGUACAGCUCCAUAAUUAACAGUAACAGUGCAAUUAAUGUGCAAUUGAAGUAAAGUUUAACAAUCAAAGGUGUAUUUAUGCUACAAACCAUGAUGGCAGCAGUGAACAAAAGCCGUAAAAGUGUGCAAAUUGUGUGGCAAGCAAACAGCAAUAUGAUUUCCUAAAACAAAAAAGCAAACAUCAUCCUCGUUUCCUGCUCGAAGGUCGGAAAAACGGUCCGAAUCGACAAGGUGCAAAGUGUCAAACUGUAACCUAGUGACACGAGUGAGAAAAGGCCUACUACUGUGUUGAUCCUUCCAAUGGGACAGCCUGAAAGUGUCAAAACAGGAUUUGUUUAGUGACCUCACAGUCGCUCAUCCAUUGUGUUGUCUGUGUCGGUGUUGCUUUGUGAUAUUCUGUCGUCUCGCGUUCUGUUUGGACCGCAGUGUCUGUUUGUGUGUGCGUGUGUCUGUGUGUGCAAUCGCCCGUCCGCAUGUGUGUUUGGUCGGGCCGGGUCGCGCCCAUUCGGUUGAGUCGUUGACGACGCCCGCUCUCCGGUACUGCAAGCGAUGGUCCUGGAGCACCAGGGAAUGCUGCAGAAUCUGCAAACGCUCGGCUCGCAGCCCGCCCUGCAGCUGUACGCGGCGGCCGCUGCGGCCCAGCUCGCUCCCCGCAACCGGUCGAGCGUACCGCCCCAAUGGGCGCCCUUCCUGCAGUUCGGUGUGCCGAACGUGUUCGGUGGCCACUUUCUCGCCCGGCCCCGCUUCGGCCCGCCCGGUGUACCGCCCAACCUGCCCGGCCUCGGCGGAGGUGGUGGUGGUGGUGGCGGCGGUGGAGCCGGCACGGGUUUGGGCAGUGCCGGUGCCAACGGACUGUCCGGUGGGCUGCUGAACGGUGCUACCCAUCCCAACAUAUCACCUCAUCGCGCCAUGCAGGGACCACCGAGCGAAGAUUCCAACGAUGAUCGAGGAUCAGCCGCCGACGGGGACGACGAAAGCAGCGCAUCGAAGCGGCGACGGUCGCGAACCAACUUCAACUCGUGGCAGCUCGAGGAGCUCGAGCGAGCCUUCUCCGCCAGCCACUAUCCGGACGUGUUUAUGCGCGAGGCACUGGCCAUGCGGUUGGAUCUCAAGGAAAGCAGGGUAGCGGUGUGGUUUCAGAACCGAAGGGCCAAGUGGAGGAAAAAGGAGCACACCAAAAAAGGCCCCGGCAGACCCGCACACAACGCCCAUCCGCAGUCCUGUUCCGGUGAACCGAUCCCGCCAAGUGAGCUGCGAGCGCGAGAAAAAGCCCGCCGUCGGAAGAAGAUAGCGAAGGCACUCGAGCGACAAGCCCGGAAACUGCGCGCCAAGGGCAUUACCGUCGAUCUGGAAGCGCUGAAGGCCGAGUACCUAUCCCAGCACCGGAACAACUCGGGCAGCGAUUCGGAGGAUGACGACGACAACGACAACGACGACGAGGAUCCGAUCGACGUGGUGGGCGGUGCGGAGUCGGGCGACGAACCGGAGGACUGCUCGAUGCAGCGCCGGGACAGCGUCGACGGGGACGGGCUGCUGGACGAUGGAGCCGGCAGUGACACACCGCGCAACAGCAUCAGGCCCAACCCGUUUAGCAUAGAAUCGCUGCUGUACAACAAUACGUGAAACCGGACGGCGGACAGUGUCUAAGCCGGUGCUCUAUGAUGGGGCGUUCUAUGCAAUUCCUUCUUACACUAACCGAGCGAGGGAGCGAGCGAUGGGUGGAAAGUCGGAAGGUGUGUUCCUAAAAUCUGUACAUGUGCGGUCAGUGCGCCGGACGAAACAGUGCUCCCAGUUUGAAAAUUGCAAUUUUAUCCUCAUUCCUGAAUUCCCAAUCCCCCCUCCAAGAAGCAAUCUUACCAGUAGGUAGAACCGAAUGUUUGCACAACGAAUCUCCUUGUCCCUGCUUUCCCCGCUCCCGCAGGACUGUGUGUACUUGUGUAAACCAUUCACACAGCUGCAUUAUUUAUUUUAAUUAAUAUUUUAACUGUAAUUAUUGUUUAACGAAAACUAGUUCAAAGGCGUAUUCUCACGCACACACACACGCUACAAACACAGCGCCGUUGGCUCUGGAACGCUCGUACAUGCAUGUACUUCGACAAGUCGCCACCGUAUGCGGAGUGGCGCUAGUAGCAAGCAAAGAGAACUGACGAAGCAAACACGCGCGAUAGUGAGAAUGCGAAACUAUACAAAAACCAAGGCUAGAAAAAAGCGAUCCCAAAAUGUUUAAUGUCCCUUUUGAGCGGUCCCAUUUCAAAAAGAUGAAAAGAUCAAAAGCUUUUAUGUGUGCAAAAAAAACGAAACCACACAUGUUGUGGUUUCAAUAAAACACAGCUGAUAGGAGUUUUAUUAGGGCAAUUAAACGAUUGAACAUUGGUUUCUGUUUCAUCAUUCCGCAACUGGACAAAUGACUGUAUAAGCGCGUGCGUGUCUGUGUGAGUGUGUGUGUGUGUAUGCGUGUAUAUGUGUACAUUAGAAUAGUUUGAAGCUUUUUGUUUUCAAACGAAAUGGAUCCCCCCCCCCCCCCCUAUUUAGAGUUCCCAUCUUAUCAUGAUAUCAGGAAAAUGGAACGAUGUACAUAGCACAAACAACAAUAAGAGGCCUAUAAGUAUAAAUACCGAGUAAAGUAAAUUAAAACUAAUAAUUAAAAGACACACACCGACACAAAGUUCUGUGCGCCAGAAUAUAUAAAUAUAUCAGACCUACUGUAAAGUGUUGUGUGGGUGUCGUAUGGGUCGAAAGAAUGAAUCUAUAUAUAUGUGAAAAUGAAACAAUAUCAUUCGUAACACAUUAAAAACUAAUAAGUGAGUGCGAAAAGGUAAAAGAAUUGAAGAGAAGCACGAAAGUUUCAACAAAAACGAAUCAUCGAAGAGAAAGAAUGGAAGAAAAACAACCUUAUCCACAACAACAACAUGCGAAUCAUUAUUUUACCACAAAAGAUCGAAGAAAAAAACAUCGAACAAAUAAUAAUCAGUCAUCGUAAUUCGUAAUGCUCACUACACUACAGUAUGAGUUCGAGGCAAACCGCAAUAUGAAGCUACGGUUGAAGUUGAAGAAUGUUGGAUCGCUUCGGCCGUCAGCAAAUCUUCAAUACAACACUGCAGCAAUAGAGAGAAAAAGGUGCAAAAUAGUCCCCUAAUUAAGCUAAUGUGCGAUACGUAGCAAAAAGACAUUUGUAAAGUAAAGAAGGGAGGAAUACAACCGCCACCCCAAACCGAUAUGACUCCUAAGUAUGUGAAACAAUUGGCUACAGUGCAUCUCGACAACAUGCAAACAGAAGGAAAUAGAAUGAAAGAGACAGACCAGACAGGGACAGCAGCACACACACAGAGAGCUGCAAAACUAUGCAUUAAACGUAAAUUUUAGACCUUUUUUCGGUGUAUUUAAAAAAAAUUCUUUAAAUAAUUUUGUUACCUUUUUCAAAAACACAAACAUGUUUCUUAUUUGUACUGCCAAGUGGAUGUAAGUGAAUUACUACGUACGCUUUUUUUUUAUUUACACCAUCAACAACUGGAAGCGUUGGAAAGUAGUUGAUCAAGUACAGCAACAACACGUUACGUUACGUUUCGUUGUUUGAGGAGUAUAGGGGGUUUUUGUUUUUUAAUUAUUAUUUUGUGUCAGCAGCGUACUCCAAAAAUGUGAUUCCUUUUUAAAAAUAAAUCAAUUCAAAAUAAUGUA